GACACGUCAUCGUGUCACAAGGUAAACAACAUGGCCGCACACUUGGAUUUAUAUUUUGGCCCCUAGCCCGUUUUUAAGUGCUCUAAUCGUCCGUUUCGCUGUGUGCCGAUGUCAAACAGGUUCAUGUAUUCUUGCUUAUUUUCUUGACAGCACGUGUCUUUGCUUCACGGUUUAACAAACCGCCGCGGAGACAGCCGCAUCGGCCUCAGUCAGGCUUCCCUGUCAGAGUCGUUCGAUUUCGAUCGCAGCCAUGGCCUCGUCAUUUGUCGUCGGUGAUCGCUUCAGGGCUAAGGUGACACAGUUGUUGGGGGAGACGGACUCGCCUCUGCCGCAGCGACUGAGAGGAGAGCUGCGGGAGAUCCUGGAGAAGCCCGAACCAGCAACCCUGCCCUUCAGCACAGCGAGGAAACUCAAGCAACACCUCCAGGACCAAAGGCAUCCGUUCUACCUGCACGAGUUGUUGGAAGACAGCUCACUGCACCUCCCUGAGUUCGUGAAGCCUCCCAAAAACCCUGAGCUGGUCGCACGUCUGGAGAAGAUCAAAAUCAAACUGGCCAAUGAAGAAUACAGUAGGAUCACACGUAAUGUCAACACUCAGGAAAAAAACCAGAUUGGAACAUUAGCAGACUUUGGACGGCAAGUGCGAUCAGUCAAAGCAAUUGUCUUGACUGUUUUCAACUUCCUGGUCACAGUGGUCGCUGCUUUUGCCUGCUCAUACAUGGGCAGUCAGUACCUGUUCACUGAGACUGCAGCGAGAGUAAUAUCAGCUGUGAUCGCUGCAUCUGUAGUGGGUCUUGCUGAGCUGUACGUCCUGGUCCGGACCAUGGAGGGAGAAUUAGGGGAACCAUAGCAGCUAUGUACAACAAAUGAGGGAAACACAAAUCGUUGUCAGCAAAAACAGCCAAGUUUAGGGACUCGUCAAUCUUACUGAUUCAUAACAGACCUCUUACUUUUCAGUGAAGACUCUGUGGAUGUUUUGCCUUUCAUUUGUAAAUAAAUUUGCUGGGAUAAGUUUAAAGUUACUGAGAAUUUACAAAUGAAUGACACUAUUACCGCUAAAUGGAAGCUGGAAAAAUACAGGAAAGCAAAUAGCCAAUGAAUAUCUGUUUCAUCACUUACCUACUUAGAUACCACUGCUUAUCGGACAUUCCACCUAUCCAGGUUUUUUUCCGAUUAAAUCUAAAGAUUUAAGUGAUAUUUCCUAUUUAUUGAGAGGCAUUUUAUAUACAAUUUUUUUCUUGAAACUAUUUUUUUUCUCCUUCUUCUACUUUGCACUGCCUUAUUUAAAAAAAGAAAGAAAGUUAGUAUGAUUUCGUCCAUUCUGUUGUCAGAUCUAAUAAUGUUUUUGUCUUCAAUAAAAUCAUCAGUGUGAACUGAAGCCAAUCCAUGGA